UGUUUUGUGCGUGCUCGUGACGUCACGACGCAGUUCGUGCGUCUAUUGCGGAUGUAAACAGUGGCCAGGUUCACGUGGAGGGAGACCGAAUAUGUCUGCGAAGCUGGAGCGUUUUGUGAGCCCGGGAAAGGGUAACGGUCUGCGGGCCACUGCCAAGAUCAAGAGAGGGGAGGUUUUGUUCUCCGCCGAGCCGCUGGCGUGUUGUGUGGCCAAUAAACAGGUCAGAGAUGUCUGCCACCACUGCUUCAUACGACACAAGACCUUGUUGAGGUGUUCCCAGUGCAAGAUGGCUCGCUACUGCAGUAUCACAUGCCAGAAACAAGCAUGGCCUGCCCACAAGAGAGAGUGUAAAUGUCUGUGGAGCCUCCUACCCAGAAUUCCCACUGACUCAGUCCAUCUGGCGUUGAGACUCAUCUUUGCCUUGUUAAGUCCGUCUAAGGGCAGCACUGGGGUGCUCUACACUUUGGAGGAGCAUGAAUCACACCUGAGUUCCAUGUCUGAGCAGAAGAGACAAGGUCUGUCUCAGCUGGCUUCCAUGUUAGAGAUGUACCUACAGCAAGAAGCACCUGGCCUGGCGCAGGAAAUGAUGUCAGCGCUGCCACCUUCCUGCCGAGACCCCCUCAGUCUUAUUGCAAAGGUGACAUGUAAUUGUUUCACCAUCAGUGAUGGAGAGCUGCGAGAGAUUGGAGUUGGACUGUACCCGAGUCUGUCUCUGCUAAACCAUGACUGCAGGCCAAACUGUGUGAUGGUGUUUGAGGGAACCAAGCUGCAGCUCAGAGCUGUGCGAGAUAUCAACCCCGAAGAGGAGCUCACUAUAAGUUACAUCGAGACAUUGUCGUUGACUGAGGAUCGGCAGAGACAGCUGAAGGACCAGUACCAUUUUACCUGCCGCUGCCAGCGAUGUGACACUCAAGACAAAGAUGAACUCAUGCUGUUUGGCGACAAAGCAACAUGGCGCCUGUUGAAGGAGGCUCUUCCUAGACUGGAAAGGCUGAAAGCAGAGUCAGAUUGGCAAGCACUGUUCGAGAAUUGUAGGCAUUUGUUAUCAACUGUUGGUGCCGACAUCCCUGAUGAAAAUCUCUACAAGCUCCGAAUGAUAGACAUGGCUUUAGAUGCCUCCGUCCACCUGGGACACUGGGCAGAAGCUAUGAGAUAUGGGGAGAAGACACUUCCAGUUUACAGACAGUAUUACCCUGAUCCCCAUCCGGUCCAUGGAGUCCAGCUUAUGAGGGUUGGAAAGCUGAAGCAUCACCUGGAGCAUGUCGAUGAGGCUUUGGACAUAUUCAAACAGGCCUAUGGGAUCCUGAAGCUCACCCACGGUGAUGAUCACCCUUUGACAACUGAUCUGUUGGUGAAGAUGGAAGAGUGUCGCAGUGAGAUAGAUCAGCAGUCGUCAAGCACUCACUAAAAUACAGACACAAGAACAUUUCUUCUUUACUCUUACAUACUCAACUCAAUGGACUGUUGCUACUGUCAUGCUUUAAUUCUUUCAGUGUAUUCAUUAAUCAUAUUUGUGAUAAACACAUAUUUUUGGCUGUGGAUUAAUGCAGUUUGAUAUUAAAAUCAGCUGCUUAGGACCAACCAGAAUGUCCUCACAGUGAUGGUAUUACACCAGAGUUUGUCCACACACUGACACACUGGUUUCCCCUCUCAAAGAAAAUGCUGUCAUCAGUUUGCAAAUGGUAGAAUUUGGGGAUUAACAGGGCUGCGGAAGGAUUAGAGGGAUAUGUUUGCUUUAAGGUUACAAAUAAAAGGUUUUGCAUGUAGUGUAACACAAACAGUCACAGAGUAGCAGUGUACUGCUACUGCUACUGUUGCUCUGGGCACAACAGUAACCGACAUGUUGGAGAAACCUCAGGUCACUCAUCUAUCCUGGAUUAGUCAGAUGGGAACUUUUCAUUCUUUACUGUAGCAGGUUGUACAGCCUUAAAAUAUUUUGACGUUAUUUAUUGACAGUUACAGAAAACCUGAAGUACGUUAGCUAAAGUAUGACCUUUUUAUUUGUAAUCAAAAUGUUUCAGUGGGUCUAGGUGUCAUGAUCUGCCUGGUAAGGCCAAGGUAACUUAUGAUAGGAAAUACCUGUGAUCCUUCCAUUAUCUAUUCUGCCUAUCCUGGAGAGGGUCACGGGGGGCUGGAGCCAAGUCCAGCUGACAUCGGGUGAGAGGCGGGCCCCACCCUGGACACGUCGCCAGUCCAAGGGACAAUUUAGAGUCACCAGUCAACCUAAGAAGCAUGUCUUGCACUGUGGGAGGAAGCCUCAGUACCCGGAGAGAACCCACGCAGAUACAGGGAGAACAUGCAGACUCCACCCAGGAAGUCCCUGAGUCGGGUGUGGCUCAAAACUGGCACCUUCUUGCUGUGAGGUGACAGCCACAAUGUGCCUGUGCCUAUGAUCAUUUAUUUUAACUAGGCCAAUAGAUACUGAACAACUUUUUCAACGUUCUGAUGCACAUUUUUUUAAACUCGUGUCAGCAACAUGUUUCCUUCAGUAUGUGUGGGAGGAAAGAGAAAAUGUAGGAGACUGAAUGAAAUGAAUGUCAGUGUUAUGGCUCUAGUGGAAUGAAU